GAAAUGAGGCGCGAUAUAUGGAGAGUGCGGGCAGCCGCAGAGUGACGUCACAAAGAGCUCGGUAGCACGUCCCAUAGCGAUCAGAUGGAGCGCAGGGAGAGGCAGAUGAGGAAACCUCUGGUUGAGAAGAGGAGAAGAGCUAGAAUAAAUGAGAGCCUACAGGAUCUGCGUGGGAUCCUGUCUGACACUGAGUUUCAGUCAAAAAUGGAGAACGCAGAGGUUCUAGAACUGACUGUGAAACGUGUUGAGCGGAUCCUUCGGAACAGAACAGCUGAGGCUGAUCGGUUACAGCGUGAGGCCAGUGAGCGUUUCGCAGCAGGGUACAUCCAGUGUAUGCAUGAAGUUCACACCUUUGUAUCCAGUUGUCCUGGCAUCGAUGCCAGUUUGGCUGCUGAGCUUCUGAACCACUUGCUGGAGUCUAUGCCCCUGAGUGAGGGCAGCUUGCAAGACCUAGUGAUGGAUGUACUUCUGGAUUCCACUAGCUCUGAAGAGGGAUGUGGCUUGGGAGUGCUUGGAUCCUCCUCUGAGGAUAGCUGCUCUGAUAUGGAGGAAUCUGAGGGGGAAAAGGCUGGAAUGGGUUCAGUCCAGGACAGUGGCCGGACCCCUGAGAUUCAGCCCCCCACCCCUACAAUGUGGAGACCAUGGUGACCAAAUGAAGAAGAUCACAGGGAGCCAUGCUCAUACACUAGUAUUAAUGUACAUCAACUAUGAAAGAGCCACCACCUGUCAUUUCUGUAUUUUUGGAUCUCUGUAAUAGGAACUCAACCUAUUUUAACACUUAAAGGAAAGGACUUAGUACUGUUGUAUAGGAUGACCCAUGAAAAAUUCUGAUUGUUCCACUGCCACUACCUUCUGGAUGUUUCACUUUGACGCUGAUGUUGGAGCAUCACACUGUAGAUACUUUCCAUUAUAGUGUUUUUGUGUAAUAUGAAGAUUCCAUGGACAUUGUGUAUUAAUACUAUUUGUUGUAAUAGGCAGCAAGAGUGGAGGUGCCUUCUAUUUACAAGCUUGGGGGUAGGUUGGGGAACAUUGACCUACUGCUCUGUAGUGGUAACGCCAUUGUCUGUUGAACAAAAGUGAGAUGGGUUUGGCUCAGCAUCAGGUUUUGAGCCAGCUAAUGGUGGUUGAGAUGCACCUCUCACUAAUGAGGAUGAUGAGUUGCACUUCAGUACAGAGGGCCAUGUUCCCAGCCCCCAUUUACAUUUUAGUUAGCAGGCCUGGACUGGGAUUCAAAAUUGGCCCUGGCAUUUCAAGCACACAGAGGCCCAAAUGGGCCCCCUACCAGUCCACUAAAUAGCGAGUUUCUAUGGCAUCUUACAGCAGCCCUCUGGCACUUGCCAGAAUCCAAAGAUUGCCAGUCCAGGCCUGACAGUUAUUACUCCUGGGCUGUAUAUGCAUAGUGUUAGUGCAUUGAGAUUUCAUCCCUAGCAGGGAUUUCUAGUCUUUGGGUAACUUGAGGUUCUACCUUCAGUGAAGGAGACUGUAGAGGUUUGUUCGGAUACCGAUUUGAAGGGUGCUAUAGGAAACAAACGUUUUUGACAUUGCAGGUAUUUGUGUAUAUUAGGAAGGUAACAUAUGUUUGUGUGUAUGUUUGUUUUUUUUAUUUCCUUUCCCCAUUCCUGUAUAUAGCUUCUUAUAGAUGAAUGUGUAAUGCAGUUGGGAUCGGGUGCUCAUUUGUGAGAGUUGUACCUGUAUCUUCUAAAUAUAUUGUCUUCUGCUUCCUGACAAGCACUUACUGUUUGGUCUUUAAAUUCUUGUCUUAGAGGGUUUUUUUUUUUUGUUUUUUUUUAAAUAAAUACAGAAUGUACUAGUGUGUUUCUGCAGAUAGACUGCAUCAAUCGCUAAAUAAAUUAAUGAUCUACAAACUUUA